GAAGCCGCCGGCCGCAGUCGGAGCGCGGCGCGUCGGCGAGCGGGUGUGUGGGGCUGCACGGGCCGGCACGAGGCGGCAGGAGGCGGGCCCGUUACCCGCCGGCAGCUCUGGGCGGGCCGGGCGGCCGGAAAGGAGGCGCCCCCGAACACCAUGAUUCCUCUGGAGAAGCCGGGCAGCGGGGGUUCCCCCUCGGCCGCCGCCUCGGGCUCGGGCCCGGGCGGCCGGGGUCAGAGCGCGGCGCGCCGGCCGCCGGCGCUCCGGACCCGCGGGCUGCUGACGGAAAUCCGCGCUGCCAUUCGCACCGAGCCCUUCCAGGACUGCUACAGCCUGAGUCCAGGCCGGGAGCUGGGCAGGGGAAAAUUUGCAGUGGUGAGGAAAUGCAUACAGAAAGAUUCUGGAAAGGAAUUUGCAGCUAAGUUCAUGAGAAAAAGAAGAAAAGGCCAAGAUUGUCGGAUGGAAAUAAUUCAUGAAAUUGCCGUCCUUGAAUUGGCGCAGGAUAAUCCUUGGGUCAUUAAUCUACAUGAAGUUUAUGAGACUUCAUCAGAAAUGAUCUUAGUUCUGGAAUAUGCUGCUGGAGGUGAAAUCUUUGACCAGUGUGUUGCAGAUAGAGAUGAAGCCUUUAAUGAAAAAGAUGUUCAAAGACUCAUGAGGCAGAUUUUAGAAGGUGUCCACUUUCUGCACACUCAUGAUGUGGUUCAUCUUGAUUUGAAGCCACAGAAUAUUCUGUUGACAAGCGAAUCUCCACUUGGUGACAUCAAGAUAGUUGAUUUUGGACUUUCAAGAAUAGUGAAGAACAGUGAAGAACUUCGAGAAAUUAUGGGCACUCCUGAAUAUGUGGCUCCUGAAAUUCUUAGUUAUGAUCCUAUCAGCAUGGCAACAGAUAUGUGGAGCAUUGGAGUGUUAACAUAUGUCAUGCUUACAGGAAUAUCACCUUUCUUAGGUGAUAAUAAACAAGAAACAUUCCUGAACAUUUCACAGAUGAAUUUAAGUUACUCUGAGGAAGAAUUUGAUACUGUGUCUGAGUCAGCUGUUGACUUCAUUAAGAAACUUUUAGUUAAGAAACCUGAAGAUCGAGCCACUGCUGAAGAAUGUCUGAAACAUCCGUGGUUGACACAGAGCAGUAUUCAAGAUCCUGUUUUAAGAGUGAAAGAGGCCUUAGAAGAAGCAAAUGCCCUCCAAAAAGGUGAUUCUGUGCCUGAAAUUAGUUCAGCUACUGAGAAACCAGGAACCGAAGAAUCAAUUGUAACUGAAGAGUUAAUUGUAGUUACUUCGUAUACUUUAGGACAAUGCAGACAGUCUGAAAAAGAGAAAAUGGAGCAAAAGGCCAUUUCCAAGCGAUUUAAAUUUGAGGAACCUUUGCUACAAGAAAUUCCAGGAGAAUUUAUCUACUGAGCGGUGUUUCCCUUUAGAACUUGAUUUCUACAUUGAAAAUGUUGAUAUUAUUUAUGGACCUUUGGCCAGAUGGUAACUGAAAGUGGAUAACCAGACAUCACCGUAGAAAAAAAUAACUUUAUCAAACUUGUGGAUUUAAGUGAAUCAAGCCAGAUUUAUAAAUUUGCCAACCAGGAGGUUUAACAGGUAAAGUUAUCUGUUUCAAUGUUAUUAAGAAGGGAGAUAUUUGCACCUUUAAAACUACAUCCUUUUUCUCCAGAAUGAGAAGUUGUGUCUAACAGUAUUUGUAUUCACUUUAAAAAUCCAAGUAAAAGUGCCAAAAUUCUCUAACUCUCUUGCAUUAUUCGUACAUGUAGUUGUAUCUGUUUAGAUGCAUGUUGAUACUUUUCCACUUUGGAUUUUUCUUGGGAAGAUUUUAAUUUCAAUAGACAUCCUCUAAAGUUUUUGAGAACUAGAAUAUAUAGUUCGAUAAUCUUAUUUUUUUGUAUUUUUUUACUGCUUUAUAUUGACUUGAUUUGGCUUCUGUUGGUUUUUGCCUAAGAGAGGUAGUGAUUUUUUUCACCUCUGAAAAAUAUUUGGUUAAUUUGUAUAAAAUUAAAGUGUUGUGUGUUUUAGCCAUUUCUGUCAUCACAUCAUGUUCACUUUUGUAGACUAACAGACUACCUCUUUGCCCCUCGUCCCAAGCUUGUGACCUGGUUGGCAUUAUAAUUGCUUUUGUCCCCAAGUUAAUAAAACCUAGAGCACAGGAGGCAGAGAAAAACACAUUUAUUUAUGCCAAUGAGCUUACACUUGAGUUUCUUUUCAGCCUUCAAGCUAUGCUAGGAAAAGUUUUUUCUUUGUUCAUAAAAAUUUUGGCACUGGAUACUUGGUCUUUAGGGAAGUACUUUGCCCCAAAAAGUAAGAAUAUGCUCCAUAAAGUUUGCAAUUAUAUCCAGGUCCCAUAGUGAACAGUAAAUUCUUGUUUUAAAGAUGGAAAUGUAAAAGUCUAUUAAGUAGACUUACACAAAUGUCUAUGAUCUCACUCACCCUGGUAUGGCUUAUACAAAGAAAUGGAUUAGGCAGACCAGAUGAUGAGACUGCACUGUUUUCUAAGUUGACUAUAGAAAGCUGCUUGGAAGUAAAAGGGGAAGAGGAAAUUCUGCCACAGUGGCAGGGUUUGCAAUGAAAACCCAUGACCACAAUGUUGAACCUCAGGUAACUGAGAGAAAUACAAACUUAGGCAAAUGUACCAAUAUUUCUCUGCCAAAAACCCUUACUAUUGAAUGACACAUUUUUGUACUUGAUGAAUUUGUCAGGUUUUAAAAUCAGUCAUUUGGACUUUUUCAAAAUACAUCUAAUAAAAGUACUGUAUUUGUGAAGAAA